AGUUUAAGUACAGGACAGGUGCUUGUUGUGUGCGCGUGCGUGUGUAUGGAGAUGUCGAACCGGGAGCGCGUGGUUCUGACCCUCGGUGGAACGGGGACUGUGGGCUCGGGUCUGGUGAAGGCACUUUUGGACAGAGGUUUUAAGGUUGCUGUGAUCUCCAGAGACAAGAAUAAACUAGAGAAGCUCAGAGGCUUUGUUUCGCCCUCCACUAAAGGCAACCUGACGACUCUGGUAGGGAAUGUUGGUUCAGAAGAGGAGGCUGAAGAAGCGAAGCAAACCCUCUUGAAGUCUGUGGGAAAGAUUACAGAUGUGGUGUCAUCUCUGGGCUUCAGUUGGUGGCAGCGUGGACCUCCACACACGCAGCCACUCAAAGAACUCCAGUGGGUCAUUGAGACACUUCUGUUUAGCACAUUUGUAUCAUGGAAAACGUUCUUCCCCUUGGUGAGAGACGAUCCCAAUUGCACUUACACGUUUAUUACAGGGGGCAUAGGGGAAAAGCUGCUGAUGCCAGGCACAGGCUUCUUGACAGUGGGCUCAGCCAGCACGCUGGCAUUUUGUCAGAUUCUGCGAGAAGAGUACCCAGAGGUUCCUUGCAAACUUAAUCAGGUGAAGAUUAACACAGGUGUUGGAACCCCAGAACGCAUGGGGCCAGGGUACCUGAAUCAUGUGGAGUUAGGUGAGGCUGUGGCUGCACUGGUGGAAAGGAAGGAAAAAUCUCACACUGUCUACACCAUAAACUGCCCUGCUGACCUAAAAACUGUCAUCCUGUAGCGAUGAGGCUGAUCUUUAGCAUCCCUGAGCACCCUUCAGGCUACAAGAAAUACAGCACAUUAGUUAUACUUUCUUAUUGCAUCCAGAUUAUUGUUGAUUAUCUGUGUUAUUUAGUUUGCAUGCCAAUGAAUACACAAAGCUUAAAAAUUGCAAAUGCUUUUCCACAGUAUUUAGGUAACACUAAUACAAUAAACAGUAGAACUGCACAGCGUCUGCAGUGUUUAGCCAUGUAAAAGUAUGCUUGGUUUGAAAAAAGCCGUGUGACCGAAGAAGCACAGAAAAAGACUUCAUGGUAAUGUGAGAAUGAAAAAAGAAGCAAUAUCUUGGACUGCACUCCAGCUUUAUAGUUUAAUCCAGGCUUCAGGUUGAUGAGAAAGUGUUAGGAUUGGAGGAGUGAUCUGAUCUCCCUUGCGUGACUCCCUGCACUGCUCACAAAUAUUCUUCAGUCUACAUCUGUUCUGCUUAUGUGGUUCCAUUUAUCCUGUGCCACACUGGCUGAAAAUAAACAGAAAUGUAAGAGUAGAAUGUCCAAGUAUCCAAAUAAGAGAGAUCUCAUAGAUGGUAAAUCAUUUUUGUGUGUUUACAGUCAUGGUGUAAUUUACAUGUAUGCUUGAAUCUGUAUUUGUAUAUCCAAUAAAAAAAAUUAAAUCACAGGAGUGGUUGGUGACCAGUUAGGCUCACAAAUUUCA